AUGUACAUUGAUGCUUUUGAUUUCCAGUAUGGUGUAGUUGUGAUUCGUCUGAGAGAAGGUCUAGAUAUUUCUCAUCUCCAAGGUCAAGAGGAGCUGCUGUCAUCACAAGAGAAGUCUCCAGGCACCAAAGAUGUAGUGGUGAACGUAGACUAUAGUAAAAAGGCAGAGUCUUCAAAGCCUUUCUCCAGUGACACCAGUCCAGUGAUGAGGAAAGAUGAGGAAGACGAUGGAAAGGCACAAACUACACAACCUCUGUUGAAAAAAGACUCUAAAGGUCAAGGCGUUGCUCUGAACUCUGCAGACCAGAGACUUUUGGAUGCCAGCUUGCAGUUCCAGAAGACGCAAGGCAAAAGCACUAUUGAUGUGUGGUGGCUCUUUGAUGAUGGAGGAUUGACAUUGCUAAUUCCAUACUUGCUGACUACCAAAAAGAAGUGGAAAGACUGCAAGAUCAGAGUGUUUAUCGGUGGAAAGAUUAACAGGAUAGAUCAUGACCGCAGAGCGAUGGCAACAUUGUUGAGCAAGUUCAGAAUUGACUUCUCUGACAUCAUGGUUCUCGGCGAUAUCAACACCAAGCCAAAGAAAGAAAAUGUGGCAGCUUUUGAAGAGAUGAUUGAACCGUUCAGGCUGCGGGAAGACGAAAAGGAACAGGAUGUCGCUGACAAAAUGAAAGAGGAAGAGCCAUGGCGAAUAACUGAUAAUGAGCUAGAGCUUUAUAAGACAAAGACUCAUCGUCAGAUCCGGUUAAAUGAAUUGUUGAAGGAGCACUCGAGCACAGCCAAUGUUAUUGUCAUGAGCCUUCCAGUUGCGAGAAAAGGUGCCGUGUCCAGUGCACUUUACAUGGCUUGGCUAGAGGCACUUUCUAAAGAUCUCCCACCCAUCCUGCUUGUCCGUGGAAAUCACCAGAGCGUCCUUACUUUCUACUCCUAAAAGCUGACAGCCGCAAAGCCCCCAAAGAAAUGGUACUUCAGUGGCUGGGAUGCAGGCAUCAUCACGUUCUCUAAAGCCCCUGAACUUCUCUUUCUGAAUUUCACAGACUUGAAAGCACAUGGAGGAAAGUAACUUUUUCCACACUUGAGCAUCUGUUGCAGUUUUACUGCUUCUGUUACAUUACCGGUGGAUCCUGGCUUCAUAAGGGAGAUUCCGAUGUAUGGGACUCGAAUACAUGGAAGUUUAUUUCUCUGCUACUUGAAAAGCAGCAAUAAAAGCGUGUUUCUUUUUAUUUUGACCAGUGAAAGGAUUCUAGAUUUGUAAAAGCCUUUAGCCUUGAGGUGCCUUUUUGAAAAUUAACCAAACUUCAUCCAUACCCCCCUUUUUUAUAAACUUGUAUAGAAUGUACAAUCUGCCUUUCAGCUAGGACUUUAGAUCAAAACCUUUAGUUUCUAGUUUCUUCCAUCUUGACGAUAACUUAUGCUGCUGCUUCGUCUUCCACCAAGCUAUUCACUCUUGUAUUGCGUCAUAAAUGUUAUUAUUUUUUUAUAUUCUUCUUCUUUUGAAUGUGUUAGCAAAAAUGCACAGGGUUUGAACAAGACAGCUAUUCCAACAAUAAAAACACGUGAAGCGACCAUAUGGGUUGUAUUGGAACAAAUGAGCAAGUAAAAUGGACCUCGCUGUGGGUAUCGCAUACACUACUUUACUUUAAGUGAACCCCCAUCUUUCCUGUUCAAGUUAUACUCCACGUGUCACCCAAAUAUAAUAGACUUCAUUAAUGGUGCGUAGGUGACUGUGUCUAGGGGUUUUUAAUGGCGCUCGUUUCUGGCCUAUCCAGAGAUCUGUUGUACAUGAAUAACACAAUUCAGGUCAGUUCUCCAAAAACAUUCAAUCUGUAUUUAUUCCUAGCAUCUCUAUACAAGGGGAAGCGGCCAUACUGUGCCCUUCUCCCACUAUUCAGCUUACUAAUAUACCACAAUGAAUGAAUUGACUCAUUUCUACCCAAAAUGUCGGUCUCCAGUCACUGCAGCCCCUAAAUGUUCAGUUUACUUUGUCGUACUUUUGUAAUACAGGAAAUCAAAUUUUAAAUGUAUCUAGUCUGUCCUGGUCAGAUGAGGGUGACAUGGUGACAUGCCACCAUUUUAAUGCUUGAUUGAAUGACGAUACUCAGUACACUUCUACAGCUGUCUUUCUAUGUUAUAUAUGUGGAUGUUGAGGUUUAUGCCCAGAAUGUUUGAUGCAAUGGCUCAUGUGCAAUAGCAUUACUUGGGGGGGGGGGGGGGGGCGAGACAUGGGGCUUGUCUUGAAAAUGAGCGCUUUCUUGUUGAGAGAUGCCUUUCUGCUGUACUACCUUGUAGCCCAUAGACUUAUAUUAUGAAUACCUGUAGAAAAAAACACAUUUCUGUCCACUUAUGUCUUGGAUUUUUCUGUGUUUUAAGUCUAAAUAUGUUUUAAGCAAAACCUCCUUACUUCACAUUAAGGCUACAUUCGCACGACGGCUGUCACAUGACCGUUUUAACAACUAUGAUAGUCUAUGGGGUUAUUCACAUGCUGUUUUUUGUUUGUUUUUGAUGGGCCGUGAAUAACGUCUAUCCUAUUUUGUCUAUUUUCAUGGGCCAACAGCCCCUUUACAAUUACAAUUACGUUUUUUGCCAGCCAUCGUGUGAAUGGAGCCUUACAUUAGCUUUGCAUUCUACAACUUUUUGAAAUACUGUACUGUACUUUUUGACAGUGUUCAGUUGCUUUUAUGUUUAUCGGGCAGUACUUCUUUAGGACCGAGGAGAGAAGUUGAUGAAACAGUUUAUGAAGAGGUCUAGUCUGUGACUAUUAGAACUCUGAAGACAAUAACCUAUGGUGAGAAGGUUCAUCAUUACAAGAAAGUGCAUUCCAAGCUUUUCUAGUUGUAAAUUACAGUUCUCUGGAACCAAUCAGAUUCCACCUUUCAUUUUUGACAGCUCCUUUGGAAAAUGAAAAGUGGAAUCUGAUUGGUUGCUAUGGGCAACUAAGCCCGUUCUACUUUACACCAGUUUGAUAAAUUACCCCUAUUGACUAUCAAGCCAGUGUUGUACCCAGUGACGGGGUUCUUCGGCAUAGUACAAACAUCUGUUGAACUGAGCACAGGAUAUACAGACAAUUUUGAUGUGUUAUCCAGAUGUUCUGUCUCCCAUCAAUAAUUAGGCUAUGACUAUAAUGACUAAAUACAUGUAUGUUAAUCUAUGCAUACACAUCCUGUGCUCUGUUCCAUUAACAUUGUGUACUAUGCCAGGAGGUAAUGGAGAUAUCGAAGUAAGCUCCUGUGUAGGUUAUCAACCUGAUGUAUGCCGGUUUUCUUGGAUAAUGUAUUGGAUGAAAUUGGCCCUGAAUGAUAAGAUAUCCCUGGCGUGUCAGGAUAGGUUUGGAAGUGAGGAAAUAGUAAGCUUGUUCAUUUUUUAUCUAUAGAAGGAGCCUCAGUCAUCACAGCAUCCCCCCCCCCCUUCCCUGCAAAUGAUUGUACUGGAUUGGUAGAAAGUCGAUAGGGCCGUUUGUGAAGAUGCUGUAUUGGUGCCACAGGCUCUAUGUGUGAUAUAAUUAGAAUACCCACUGAUAUGUUUUACCUGGGAAACAAGAAUUGUCAUGUGUAACUAAUAUAGUGAAAUGUACAGUGUAUUAUUAAUGUCUUGUAUUCAGAGCAUGUAUGAUUAAUUAUGUACUGGUCUGUUGUAUCACUGCUCGGUUGAAGACCCCACAGCUAUAUUUGUACAGAACUUGUUUGGAAAAAAUAAUCUAAUGUACGUGAAAAUGCCUGAAGAUCUGUAAAAACAAUUACAGGAUUGAUGAGUUUGCAGUAAGUUGGAAUGAAAGUAGAUGAAUAUAUACCAUAUCCAAUUUUAUAGUAACGUCUAAGGGUUUUUGCUGGUAUUUUUGUGCACCUGUGGUUUUUGGUGUUUUUUUUUUUUGUUUUGUUUUGUUUUUUUUGCAGUAAAAAACGGCAACUCCAGAAUUAGCAGGUCUAUGGGAAAAGCGGGAAACUCAAGCCUUUUUUUUUCUAUAGGUGGUUUUGUUCAUUACCGUAGUUGCUGUGUUUUGUCUUUUUGGCUUUUUUUAAAUCACCUUCUCUUUAGGGGUUGAGCAUCUUGAAGUAAACGCUAGUGUGCAAAAAAUGCCAGGAAAAAACUCAGGUGGCCUGAGCAAAAACAUGCAGUUAUUCUGCCUUCUCCAACCCCCCCCCCCCCCCCCCCCCAAAAAAAAGCCAGUCAAAACUUGUGUGUAUAGGGACUCUGUAGCGGUUUUCUGGAAAAAGAUACAGAAAACUACCUCAGGCUACUUUAAUAUUAGCGUUAGCAGGGUCCGGCAGGCUGUUACAGCAGGGGCCAUGAUGCCCACUGCACGCGCGAGCGGAGGUCAUGCUUGCACAGUUCUACCAGCGCCGUACAUGUACAGCGCUGGUAGCGAAAGGGUGAACUAUAAUGGGGACAGACCAGAGGUCCGGCAGCAGCAUGGCAAACGUGCCGAGAG